AUGGUGCAGCCUGAAUGCGAUCACCAUCACCAUCACCAUCACCAUCACCUCUCCAUCGCCAUCACCAUCACCAUCACCAUCACCAUCACCAUCACCAUCACCUCUCCAUCACCAUCAGCAUCACCAUCACCAUCACCAUCACCAUCACCAUCACCAUCACCUCUCCAUCACCGUGCAGUACAUUUGGCGAGCGAGCGACUGGAGCAAGAAUCACGCGACGAGAGUCGGGUGAUCUCACAGACGUCCGAGGAGCGACAUCUCACCUGCGCGCUGCUGGCUUGGCAUCAACUGGGGCACACUGAUAUAGACGGCCUCUGCAAAUUCAUAGAAGAAAAUCGCAAUAAGCAAGCAACUAGCACUCCCGAGAAUUCGUCGAAUAUUCAACAUGUCAAAACAGCAAGUGAUUGUGCAAAAACUAUCAAAACAGAUCAAAAACGUUCUAAAAAUAUAAAAGAUGUUGAAUCACGUACAUUCGACACCAAAUCUGUAAUGGGGCCCGUAGUGAAGCUGCCGGUGGAAUCGAUCGUGAUGCGGUACACAGAACCGCCACCGUGUCAACAUCAUCUGAAGAAAGCAACCACUCAACCUGGCGUUCAGAGAAAAAUAGACGCUGCGUGUUGCAUGGAUACUGCAUGUGUGCAGCGUCUGACAGAGCUAGAUAAAAUGGUUAACGAGCUACGGACCAGAGCGACGAGGCUGGCCCGUCGUGAAGCCGAGCGGGUCGCAGUGUUGGAGCGAGCGGAGGCUGCCUGGGUAGAGCUGGAGCGUGGAUAUCAGCGCCGGUUAUCUCUAGCGAUAGAGAACGAAGACGACAUGAAUAAACAGAUCAAAAAGACUAUAGAAGAACGAAACGCUUAUAAAACUAUAUGUACAAGUUUAGCUGGAACUUUGAAGGAGCGCGGUGACGCAGCGGAGAAAGAAGUAGAUCGUCUGAGAUCUUUGGAGAAAGAAGUUUAUGAUCGAGCUUGCGUUAGACAACGACUAAGCGAAGAGUCUGCGAAAGGCGACGCUGAACUCGCGGAGCAGUUAUGCCGCACUUCGCAAUUGGACAGAGAUCUUCAAUUCAAAGAAGAGCAUGCUCGUAGAAAAGUCGCUUCUAUGAGGAGCGAGUUGGAGUCAAGUCAAUGCUUGUCUUGUGAAGCUGAGCGAGCUAUGCGUUUUGAACUAUCGACGCUGAAAGCACAAAUUACCGAAGUGUCGAAGAAGCUGUUGGCAGAAGAGGACAAGAAGAAUUCUAUUAAAAUUGAGCUCGUAAAAUAUAGACAAGAAAAAGCAGAUAUAAUUGAAGAUUUAGAUGGUUGCAAAGAUAUGUGUGACAGCCGGAUGAAGGCUAAAGUAGAUGAGUUAAAUCUGAAGAAGGAGCAGUUGAAUGAAUUAAAGGAAAAGGUUUUGGAGUGCCAGUGCAAACUACCGUUAGAUGUCGGCGUAGAGGUCAAACGGACGCCGUCUCUAGCAGCACUUUGUCAUUGUACUCCUGAAGAUAAAGUUCUAGAUUCCUGCUCAUGUAUUUCAUUGCGGAGUCAACUUCUAUCAAAUCUUUUAGCGGAUUUAUUCGGAGGGCUUCAAGCAGAGCUCACCUCGUCAGGAUUGUUGAUGCCGUGUAGUAUGUUAUUGUGUAUCGAUGAUCGGCACAAUUGGGACCGCUCUUCGGCUGUUAAAUCGAGCCUGCGCAGUUUCUUCGCGCAAUUGCUAGUAGCCGAGCUAGACAUUGCGAUUGCAACUUCGAUUGAAAAGUACCAUGUAAAAUGGGUUGGAAAAACUUGCGCGGAUGUAGCGAGAUUAAAACCAGAUCCCGAGGAUGAUGAAAACGAGGGUUGGGAGCAGCGGGCGAUAGAGCGUCGGGCACACACGUUGGCAACAAAGAUUGCAGAGCAAUUGUUUGAAGAGAGGGCUGAGCAACUCAAGCAAAAGGCCAAAGAAAUAGUGACCAGUGGACCACCACCAUGCGAAUGUAAAACUAAUCAACGUACUCCGGCAGUGUUUCGUUGCCUCGUCAAACCGCCUACCACCAACACUGCGUUUAAGAAUAGCGAAGUGGCUCCUUCUUACAUGAGACGCACUAUGCAAGACGUCACUCAGCUGAAGCAUCAACUCCACGAUUUAAAAAAGGAAGCGAUUAAAAAAGAAGAUUUACGCCACAUGGAAGAGAAGCUUAACAAGAUAAUUGGUCGUGUUUCGAAGGUCGAAAGUCCUACAACAAGCAAGAGUACUAAGUGUGUUAAAAGUAACCAAGAACAAAACUACAACGAAAAGCUUAAAACAUAUGACUAUAGAAAUAACAAAGACACGAUAAAUUCUGUUGGUCUAAAAAAGUUAGACAAGAGUAUUUUAAAAAAAUAUAUAAAAAGAUCUUCAAAUUUACAUCUUGGACGAAUAGAUAAAAAGUCAAACAAUGUUUUCAAAAAAUUAGAUCAAUCUUUUGCCGUUAAUCUUUGUCUAUGUAGUGGUCAAGAGGCUCCCAACGAAUUAAGCCAAGCUAUUCAGCGCAAUAUCAACUUGAAACCUUCAUGGAAACAAAAAAAAUCAAAAGAUUUAAUUUCUAAUGUCACUAGUGUCAAACAAUCGAAGCCAAUUAGCACACUUGUCAUGAAAGAAAAAAAUAAUAAACUUUCGACAAAAUCUACUUGUCCUACUGAAUGUACUUGUUUUCAUAAAAUCCCUUCUAACACUUCGAUUGAUAAACUUCUCGAGAAAUUAUCAAAAUGGAAUAGCAGUUUCAAUUUGAAAGAAGCAGAAACAAAGUGUUUGGAAAAUAAAAAUACUAUCGAAAAUAUUAAAAAUAAAACUUUGAUUUCUGACUUGGUCAACUUGGUAAAUAGUGAAGCAGUAAACGAUGAGACAUUGAACCUAAAGGGUGAUAAUACUCAGCUUAAUAAACAUAAUUAUAAUAAAGAUACAGCGUCUAAAAACAUAUUAGCGUAUACUACUGAAUCUGAGUAUAUAGGUGCAAUAAAUUUGGAAAAGAGUAACUACAAUAUCUGCAAAUGUCCAAAAAAUGGCAAAAUUAAGUGUAGUGAUACAACAUUCCGUUGUAUAAAUGAUGAUAUAUGUGAAUGUAGGAGUUUUGGCCUAAGUAAAAUAUCUCAAACAUCUGAAUUUAAUAUCUUAUCUGAUAUAAGUAAAAUAUCACAAGUUUAUUUAGCAGAGACUGACAAUCCCCGAUUUAAAUGUAUUUCAACAGAUACAAAAUCUUUAAUUAAAAAUGAUGGUAAAAAAGGCGAAAUAAGUGAGAAUACUUUUAUUCACGAUCUAGUCAAAAAAUCACAAUUGUUUCCAAAUGUCUGUGAUUAUUCGGUAAAAUUUUUAGGUGUGACCCUUACAAAUACAAAUUCAUCGAAUAGGUCAAAAAAAAACUACGAUGAUAGUAUGUUGCGGACGUCUAUUAAAGAACCAAGUAAUCAAGAUUUAAAUAUGGAUGUGAUUGAAAACAAAAGUAAUAAUUCUAUCAAUUCAAAAAGUUUUGUAAAGAAAGAUUUCAACUGCGACUAUGCUACUAAAAACAACGAUGUUUUAGGUGAAUUACUUGUUAAUGAAGAUAAUUGCGUUUGUUGUAAAAACAAUGAAAUAUCUAAUGAUUUAGAGUUAAAUACUUUUAAUUUAUUAGGAAAACAUAUAAAAGAAAAACUGGGAGAAUAUCUAAGUUCUACUGACAAGUCUGGUAUAUCAACCGAUGAAAAAAAUCAAAUAUACAGUACGAUCUUGAUAAAAGUAAAGGAAAUAAUUUCAGAAAGUACUAAAGGAUUAAGUUGCAACUAUUGUAAGGAAAGCGUUAAUGAUGGAAACUGGUCAAGGGCCUAUGGGAUGUUAAAAGAAUAUUUAAAAGUAAAGAUAAAACGUGUUCAAUGUUCUUGUGUAUCAAGUGAAGGAAACGUAAAAUCAAUUUUGGAAAACGUGUGUGAUUUAAUAGAACAUGAUUUUCAGCGAUUAAAGCAAAAAUGUAAAUGUAAAAAUGAUGAUGAAAAUGGGCAGAAGUCAAAUUCUGUGCCCUUAGCUAAAGAUUCUAUUAAUGAAACUACAGUUGGAAAUAAAACUGAGCGUGAUAUUAAAAAUUAUGAGCAUAUUUUGUUUCAACUAGCCUCAUAUAUGCAUCUUGAUAAAUCAUGCGACGUACUGGACAAUGUUAAAACAAGUAUAAAGACAUGUGAGAAGAAAGUUUCUUGUGAAUUUAAAAUGUUUGGUACUGACUGUUGUUGUAAAUACAAUAAUACAGAGAUAUCUGAUUCCGAAAAGAAGCCUAUUGUUAACCAUUGCAUUAACAUUACAUCAAAGAAUAACGGUAUUUUAAAAGACCCAUUAAACAAAUCUAAAUUAAACUGUUCGAUUAGCAGUUCAUUGCCUACGAAAGAGAAUAUAUCUAAGUUGGAUCUUCCGGCAAAUAUUCCUUAUAUCGGCUGUACGUUGAGCUCUAAAUCGUUACUUCAAAAUAACACCAACAAAAUUGGCUGUAUUUGGAAAACAGUAACAGAUAAAACAAGCCUUAGAAAGUGUUCUUACAUUAUGCGAAACGUGCUUACAAAGAAAGACUCGGAAAAUUAUAAAAGCAAUUUGCACGCCGUUAACAGCCAAACAAAAAAUAUGAGUGCUAUUGAAGUUAAUACAUUAAAUAAUGAUGAAAAUAUUGUGUUGAAAUACUAUACUGAUAGUAGUUAUAAUAUAAAUAAAAAUAUUAAAACCUUCGAUGAGAUAGAUACAAGUACGGAAAAUGAUAAUGAUACUGACAACUCUUCACCAAAUCGCGAAUGUGAAACACGACAAUUUACUAAUGAUAAUGGUUAUCAAACAGAUCCAAAUGAUAAAACAUAUCUAUAUGAUUCUUUACAUUUACCCACUGCUACCGAAACAUUUCCAAAUUCUGUUGAAAGUAAAACUGUAGACAUUGAUAAUUCAUCCCAUCUACAACAGGAAACAUGUGUCUGCAAAAUGGUACCCAUUUGUCAUGUCAAAAUGCUAGUAAAUAAUAUAGAAAAAAAAUUAAUACAGACCAAGUGUACGUGUGAUUCGUCAAAUACAGCACACUGCUCGGUUCAUUCUUAAAAUAAUAAGUAAUAUAUAUAACAUUAAAUUAUAUAUUAGUAUGGUAUAAAUAAUUGAAUUCAGUUAAGUUAUUUUUGUGUGGUUGAAAACUUAUUGACUAGAAAUUUUGUUAUCAUUUAAAUUUUUGUAGGUGCUAUUUUUUAUUCUGUGGCAAUA